AUGCCAGACGCAAUCACCACCACAGUAAGCAGCACGGAGUCAUCUACAAAAGAAACUACCACUGCUGGUCUGACAACAACCGGUGCACAAAGCAGUACUGCAACUGAAGCAAGAACCACGAACGCUACUGAGGCCACAAGCAUAACAGAUGCAGUCGCCACAACAACAACAGCUGAAACUACUGCAAGUGGGGAUAGCACGCCUACCUCUGGACUCACUUCUUCAACUUCUGUGACAGACGCAACCACCACCACAGUAGGCAGCACGGAGUCCACCACCACAGUAGGCAGCACGGAGUCUUCCACUAGCGAGACUACCACUGCUGGCCUGACAACCACCGGUGCACAAAGCAGUACCACAACUGAAGCAAGUACCACGAGCGCUACUGAGGCCACAAGCACAACAGCUCCAGAUACCACAACAACAACAGCUGAAAGUACUACAAGUGAGGCUAGCACAUCCACCUCUGGACUCACUUCUUCAACUACUGUGCCAGACGCAACCACCACCACAGUAGGCAGCACGGAGUCUUCCACUAGCGAGACUACCACUGCUGGCCUGACAACCACCGGUGCACAAAGCAGUACUACAACUGAAGCAAGUACCACGAGCGCUACUGAGGCCACAAGCACAACAGCUCCAGAUACCACAACAACAACAGCUGAAACUACUACAAGUGAGGCUAGCACAUCCACGUCUGGACUCACUUCUUCAACUACUGUGCCAGACGCAACCACCACCACAGUAGGCAGCACGGAGUCUUCCACUAGCGAGACUACCACUGCUGGCCUGACAAUCACCGGUGCACAAAGCAGUACCACAACUGAAGCAAGUACCAUGAGCUCUAAUGAGGCCACAAGCACAACAGCUGCAGAUACCACAACAACAACAGCUGAAAGUACUACAAGUGAGGCUAGCACAUCCACCUCUGGACUCACUUCUUCAACUAAUGUGCCAGACGCAACCACCACCACAGUAGGCAGCACGGAGUCUUCCACUAGCGAGACUACCACUGCUGGCCUGACAACCACCGGUGCACAAAGCAGUACCACAACUGAAGCAAGUACCACGAGCGCUAAUGAGGCCACAAGCACAACAGCUGCAGAUACCACAACAACAACAGCUGAAAGUACUACAAGUGAGGCUAGCACAUCCACCUCUGGACUCACUUCUUCAACUACUGUACGCAACAACCACCACCGUAAGCAGCACGGAGUCUUCCACUAG